GCGGACCCGGCGUUGGGCGUCCAAGUUUUGGAGAAGCUCUCAGCGUCUGCCUUUGGCCAUCGCGGAUCCUUUUGGGACAUAAUCUAAGCGGGGGCCACUUUUCAGUAAUGGGCGGUGCAUUUGCCUGACCCUGCUGAGCAUGCGUGGGUCCCCCAGAAAGAGGAUUGUACAGGAGCGAUAUGGGCGGCGCACAAUCACACCUUGGCGUUUGGCGGAAGCUCAGCAGAGGAAAAGUCAGGAUAGAAGGGUGUGCAAUGAGCCGCUUUUGUGCCGUUUUCUGAUGACCAGUACGCACUCGGUUGCCACACUGCUCGUGACUCUUUGGCCUUUUUAUCUGUUAUGUCUGGCUGUGCUGGCAUUGAAUUUGAUGGCAGAAUCCAGCCGAAAGUUGAGCGUGUCUGGUCUUUGGGGGGGGCUGUGCCACCCUUUCUCUUGAUCCAAAUUGCGCCGACAGGGCGUUCGCAUUUGUGCGAUUUGUGCCAUGUACCUGGAGAGCAAGCGUAGCAGAGACUCCAUGCACAUCUACCACAGCCCGGGGGAUCUUGGGGACGUGGGCUUGAAUGUACUCGCACG